GGGCGGUUCAUUCAGCUGGAAAGUAUUAUCAGGUAAAAGAAUCUGUUUUUAACAAGCCCAACAGAGGAGUUUCUUUAAUCAUCUCUUAAAAUGCCUGCGGAUUAUAACGGCUGCUGGAAAAUGAUCUCCAAUGAGAACUUCGAUAAGUAUCUGAAAGCUUUAGAUGUAAAUGUGGCUAUUAGAAAGAUAGCCACUAUGAUGAAACCUGAUAAAGACAUCACUCAGGAUGGCAAUCACUUUAUCAUAAAGACGCUCAGCUCCUUUAAGAACUACAGCAUAGACUUUAGGAUUGGUCAGGAGUUUGAAGAAGAUUUUACUGGACUGGAUAAUAGAAAAUGUAUGACCACUAUCACCUGGGAUGGAGAAAAACUGGUGUGUGUGCAGAAAGGAGAGAUCGAGGGGAGAGGCUGGACACACUGGAUUGAUGGAGAAGAGCUUCACUUGGAGCUGACGGCUGCUGGGAUAGUGAGUAAACAAGUCUUCAAAAAGGCAUAACCUUCUAUGUACCAGAAGUGCAAAGUAACGCCUCCUGAUGGACUUUUGCAA